CUGAAGUAUGGCAGCGAAGGAAGAGCUUUACUCCAAAAUCAUUCCCCGCAGGCUCCGGCAGAACCGAGCCAGCAACGCCGUCAAACAGGGCUCUCAUUUGGACGUGCUGCUGUCGAUGGGCUUCCCUCAGAGCCGAGCGUGUUGCCGUGCGUGGUUUUGGGAUGGACAGCUGUGCACCUCAUGUCCCCUCGGUCAAUCCCUGACUCAGCCCCGUGUGUGUCAGACGUAGCAGCUGUUGUUUUGAGGGCUGUACUUGAGUCCGUGGAGACAUGAAGACAUUGCUGAAGGCGCUGGUGUCUACAGGAGGCAGGAGUGUGCAGCUUGCAUGUGACUGGCUUUUCUCCCAUGUAGAUGACCCCUUCCUGGACGACCCCUUACCCAGAGAGUAUGUGCUGUACCUGCGGCCCAGCGGCCCCCUUCAGAACCAGCUCAACCACUUUUGGCAGCAGUCCCGGCUGACCUGUGGCAAGAACAAAGCUCACAACAUAUUCCCCCACAUCACACUCUGCCAGUUCUUCAUGUGUGCAGACAGUAAGGUGGAGGCUCUGUGUGGGGCUCUGCAGUCCUCAGUAAGUCAGUGGAGAGGUCGCUUCCCCAGCCCCCUGCCCCUCGAGCUCUACACAUCUGCCAACUUCAUUGGCCUCUUCGUCGAGGAACAGGUGGCUGAGACACUGAAGAAAUUUGCAGCUGACUUUGCUGCAGAAGCUGCCAGUAAAGCAGAUGUCCAUGUAGAGCCCCAUAAGAAGCAGCUGCAUGUGACUCUAGCCUACCACUUUCCAAGCAGUCAUUUGGCGUCCUUGGAAAAGCUGGCGAGAGGAAUUGAGGUCAAGCUCGGCUGUGACUGGCUCGCUGUACUUUUCUCUCGGGACAUUAGAUUUGCAAAUCAUGAGACUCUGAGGGUGAUGUACCCCUACGUUCCUCAGAACGAGGAUGAGCUGGAGCUGGUGCCGGGUGACUUUGUCUUCACGUCUUCAGUGGAGCAGAUGAGCACCAGCGAGGGCUGGGUGUACGGCACCUCUCUGAGCACAGGGGUUUCGGGACUGCUGCCUGAAAAUUACGUUAGUCGGGCUGAUGAAUGCGACACAUGGGUCUGCCACGGGUCACAUUCGUUCUUCAGUGCCUCACCUUCAGAAAAAAGCAACAAAGAGAGCAGAACACUGGAUGGGCUGCUCAGCAUUCAGUGCCUGGAUAACUCAAGACCAGGGGAUUCAUCCAUCCUGAGUGUGGUGUGCCAACCUAUGCAGGUACUCAGAAUCAACAGUCACUGUCGGACUCCUAAAAGAACCCUCUUUGUGUGUCGCCAUGGAGAGAGGAUGGAUGUGGUGUUCGGGAAACACUGGCUCUCACAGUGCUCUGACGCUAAAGGCAGAUAUGUGCGGACGAACCUGAACAUGCCUCCUUUCCUGCCUGCCUGGGGUGGAGGACACAGAGAUUAUGAUAUGGACGCUCCCAUCACUGUGUUUGGAGCCAUGCAGGCCAGGACUGUGGGUGAGGCAUUACUGGAGACUAAUACCACCAUCGACUUUAUCUACUCCUCGCCGAGCCUUCGCUGUGUCCAGACGGCCCACGAGAUUCUCAAAGGCAUGCAGCUGGAUGGGAAGUUGAGGAUACGAGUGGAGCCAGCCCUUUUUGAAUGGACCAAAUGGGUGUCUGGAUCUUCUCUACCUGCAUGGAUAUCUCCCACAGACCUUGCAGCAGCCAACCUCAGUGUUGACACAACGUACAGACCUCACAUAUCCAUUAGUAAAUUAAACGUGGCCGAGUCCUAUGAGACCUACAUGAGCCGAAGCUACAAAGUGACCAAAGAAGUCCUGGCAGACUGCAAAAACAAAGGAGGAAACGUUCUGAUGGUGGGUCACGCUUCCUCUCUGGAAGCCUGCACACGGCAGCUCCAGGGCCAAACCCUGCGCAACUCCAAAGAGUUCAUCCAAAUAGUUAGGAAGAUCCCAUAUCUGGGCAUGUGUGCGUGUGAGGAGCAGGACUCGGGUGUUUGGCAGCUGGUGGACCCACCUAUCCUCCCCCUCACACACGGACCCAAUCACAGCUUCAACUGGAGAGAGACCCUACAGCAGGAAUGACCUUCACUGCAUUGUCCGUCAGCGGCUCUGGACAACAGCCAUCUGAUAUGCACUGGAAGCACACAGCUCACGUGUUGGCCGUUUUGAGGAACGGACCUAAGCUGUCCCCGCCACCUUUGAGUUUAGGGGCUUAAACACAUAUCCUGGACUGUUUAAACAGUGUUUAAAGCCACAUUUUAUGUUUACAUGUGGACAGGGGACAGUGUUUUGAUGAUUGGACCUCGUUUAUGUGAGUGAUGUGGUUGAGGAGACUGCAGGGUAAUCUCAGGGCAUUGGCAAUCACUCUUAACAGGUGAAGCACAGGUCUAAUGGCACAAUCAUUAUGAAUAACUUGUUUCUAUUGCUCUCUCCCUGAAGGAAGAGUAGGAACAAUACAGAUAGCGACAUAAAACAGAGCUUAAGCAGUUUUGUGCACAAAUUGUUCCUUCAUCUACUCAUGAAAAUGCUGACAGGGUAAUAUCUAUAACCAACAAAGCAGCAGAUGUACUUACAGUUGCCAUGAUUAUUAACUUUGUCAGACUACUAUAUUAUUCUUGAAAGACUGCUUUAAUAUUUACUCAGAAUUUCUGUAAGCAAAUAAAAUCACUUCACUCCCUUUAAAGGCUAGAUGAUAAAUACUAAUAGCUUCUAAGAACCUAGGACUGAAUGACAGGAUACGGUGGCAGCAAGCUGUUGGAUAUGUGAACAUUUCAUGAUAAACUUGCUGCGUGAGGUGUUGCUUGGUCAUCUGAAGAAGGACCCUUGUUGUUUUUUCCUAUGCGGAUGCUAUCAGUUGUAUUCUCAGGACCAUGUGCAUGGAUGGCAUACGACACUGCUGGGUUCAGACCCACACUGCUGGGCUCAUUUUAUUAUAUUUUCUAGCUUUUAUUUUGGUAUUUGAGGCAUGGGGGUUACUGCACCAGGUUUAGAGUCUUUUAUGCAGGAAUAAAUGUAUCCAAUAUUGUCCAUUUGCUCUCACUGUAAUGGCGAAGCUUUGAGCACGCAGUUGCAUCAAAGAAAAUCUAUACUUUUAGUCUUAAUUAACCCAAACCACAGGGAUUCACUUUAAGUGACGGCUGCUUCAACUUAAUAGAACAUGCAAUUAUUGUGUAGGCUAUAUUCCUCCGUAUUGUUAAAUUCUCGAAUUGUAUCACUAAAAUAAAUGACUACAGCAGA